AUUUUAUCAAUUAAUUUUUUCUUUUAUCCAUAAAACUUCUUAUUUUUGUUUAUAGUAAAAUUGUUAUUUAUGGAUUACUCUGCCAAUCUUUAUAUCAAAUAACUACAAUUUCUUACUGAACUCAACCUUGCCUCUUUGUAUUGAUUCUAUCCAUAUUUCAUUAUUAGUACUGUAGUACUUCUGAAUAAUUGAGACAAAUAAAUAUUAACAGUAAAUGUAAAACUAUUAUUUAAUGACAUUGAUAAUCUUCAAAUGUAAAAUGUAUUUACAGCCUUUCCUCAAAUGAAAUGUUGUUUUCACCACCUAAAUCAAUAUCUUCAGAACAUAAAGAUGUUAUUCAUGAUGUGGCUUUCGAUCAUUAUGGUAGAAGAAUGGCGACUUGUUCAAGUGAUCAGUUUGUAAUGGUUUGGGAUAAAGAGCAGGGUGAUGAUAAUUGGAAAAAAUCAGCUGAAUGGAAAGCACAUAGUGGUUCAGUUUGGAAAGUUGCCUGGGCCCAUCCUGAAUUUGGGCAAGUUUUAGCAACUUGUUCUUUUGACCGAACUGCUGCAGUAUGGGAAGAAAUAGUAGGUGAAAGUUAUAAUAUAAUAGGGCAGAAACACUGGGCUAGAAGAACAAAUCUUGUAGAUUCAAGAACAUCUGUUAUGGAUGUUAAAUUUGCUCCAAAAUCUCUGGGAUUGCUGUUAGCGACUUGUUCAGCAGAUGGUGUGAUAAGGAUAUAUGAAGCACCUGAUGUUAUGAAUUUGGCACAAUGGACACUUCAGCAGGAAGUACCGUGCAAAUAUCAAGCUAGUUGUAUUUCUUGGAAUCCCAGUUAUACAAGAGAGAGGCGUUGUACAAAGUAUUUUAAAUUGAAUAACUCUGACAAAAAAGAAGGUGAAAUGAAAAUACAUGAUUUGGAUAAUGGAUAUGCUAAUUAUCCUUUUAUGGUGGAAGAUCCUGAUUCAUAUAUUGUUGUUCCCCAGGUACCUAUGCUUGCUGUAGGAUUCGAUGAUCAAAACUGUGGAGCUAAUAAUAGAGUGGUAAUUUUACAAAAUAUUACAAGAUUGAGGAGAUGGAACAAAACUGAAUGCUCAACAUCUGUAACUGACCACUGUACUUCAUCUGUAACUGAUCCAGUUCACGAUUUGGCUUUUGCUCCGCGGCUUGGCAGAAGUUAUGACCUGUUAGCUGUUGCAACCAAGGAUAUUAAACUUUAUGUUUUAUGUCAGAUAAUGAAUUCAUCAUUCGCUACUGUAAAAUUUAAACUACACUUAGCUGCGAAUUUUGAAGGUCAUAAUAGUACAGUUUGGAGAAUUAGUUGGAACUCAGUUGGAAGCAUUUUAGUUUCUUCAGGAGAUGAUCGUUGUGUGAGGUUAUGGAAACAAUGUCCAGUUGGUCCCUAUGAUAAAAAUGAAGAAGAUCGGGGAGUUUCGUCUCCUUCUAAGUUAUUGGAUUCUGUGCAAGGGCAAGGCCGUAAAUACCAUUGGAAAUGUGUUGGAGUCAUUAAGGCUGAAGGUUUAAACAUUUAAAAAUUCAACACUAGUUUCUUAAAAUUACUUUGAUUAUAUUGUACUGAAUAUUUUUUUAGCAGUAUAUUAUAUGAAAUAAAAUAUUUAACUGUUUUGUAAAAUAUAAAGUGUGAAGCUA